AUGUCUGUUGCUGGUUUUAUUGAGAGUGUUACCCCUUCAGUAACAAACUUAUCAGCUACAACAAUCUCAUCUCCAUUUGGUUUACCAAAAGAUCCAAAUUCAUUAAAAGGUACUGUUUAUACUACACCAAAUAAUUUAAUUAAUUCUGCAAUUUAUGCAAAUUCUUCCAAAGUUUUCACUUAUAAAUCUAUUGGUUCAGAUGAUGUUUUGGAUAUUAGUUUAAAAUUAUGGUCUAUUUUACAAAGAAAAAAUUCUAAAGGUAUUGUACCAAAUUUAUCAAAUUUUGAAGUUAGAUCUGGUGCUUCAAAUGCAAUCUUAGGUUAUCUUUCAGCUAUUGAAAAAUCACAAGGUCAAGGUCAACCAGUGUCUAAGGAAAUUUUCCCAGUUAUUGCGUCAGGUUCUGCUUUACCAUAUAUGCAAAAUCAACUUUUAAAAUUUAAUAACAAAAAUUUACCAUUAUCAUUCCAAAUUGCUGCAUUAGAUUAUGAUUCCUCUAUUGGUUCAUUAGUUCCAAAUUAUGUUACUCCAUUAAAUUUUGCACAAGCUUUGAAUUAUACAGUUUUCACUCCAAUCUCUCCAAUUGAAGCUCAACAUUUAGCUUUAUUAUCUAACGUGUUCGCUUCAGUUUCUCCAUCAAUUAAUUUAUAUGAUGGUCCAAAUUAUUUAAAAGAAAAUUUAAGAAUUGAUGAUGCAUUGGAUCAAGAAACUUUAAGUUCAAUUUUCCAAAAAUUACAAACUGCUACAUCUUCAUGGGAACAAUUACCUGUUUCAAAGAGACCAUCAGCUGCAUUAUCAUCAUUGAAUUCUUUAUUAGGUACAAAUUAUAAACCAUUUGAAUAUUUUGGUCAUAAUGAUGCAACUCAUGUUUUCAUUAUUUAUGGUUCUUUAGAAUCUCAAUUAUUUGGUUUAAAAAUUAAUGAAUUAUCCAAGAAUCAUGAUUUAAAAAUUGGUGUUUUAGCUGUUAGAGUUCCAUUACCUUUUGAUACUGAUGAAUUUAUUAAUUCUUUACCUUCAACAACUCAAUCCCUAGUUGUUAUUGGUCAAUCUUUAGAUAAUAAAUCAUCAAUUUUGAAAACUAAUGUUGGUGCUACUGUGUUCCUUAAUGGAUUAGCUUCAAAAAUUAAAAUUUUAGAAUUUAUUUAUUCUCCAACAUUUAUUUGGUCUUCAAUUGCUGUGGAACAAAUUAUUUCUUCAUUUGUUGUUGUUCCUGAAAUCAAGGAAAUUGAAACUGUUUCAUCAACUGGUAUAACUCCAUCUGGUGAUUAUAUCUUUUGGUCAUUAGAUGAUGGGAAAUUUAAUAGUGUUGGGUCUAAAUUAGCACAUAAUUUUUCAUUAGAUCAAAAUUCUCAAGUUAAAUUUAGAUCAAAAUUUGAUAAUGAAAUCUUAGGUGGUAUUUAUCAAGCUCAAAUUUCAUCAAACCCUUCACAAACCACUGUGGGUUCAAUUGAUAAUGCAAAUGUUAUCAUUGUUGAAGAUUUAUCAAUUUUGAAAAACAUUAACGUUGUUAAAACAGUUAAACGUCAUGGUACAAUCAUUUUGGUUCAUCAAGAUUUACCAAAAGAUUUGAAAACUUUCACUGAUUCAUUACCAAUUCAAUUUCGUCGUAAUUUGUCCCAAAAUGAAAAUAAAUUAGUUGUCGUGGAUUUAGCUACAAUUGGUGAACAUCAACAAACUCAAGGUCGUACAGGUAUUAUUGCAAUUCAAUCAAUUUUUUGGAAAUUUGCAGCACCUCAUUUGGAUAUUAAUGAAAUUGUUAGAAAAGUUUGGCAUUCAUCAGGUUCUGAUAUUGAAUUAUUAGCCGCUGUUUUAACUUCAGUUAUUACAGAAAUUUUCAACAAUGGUUAUAAAGAAAUCAGCGUUGAUCCAAAAUGGUCAGAAUUACCAAUUGAAGAAAAUGAAAUCACUUUACCAAUUUUCCCAAUUGAAUCAUCAUUUGAACCAAAUCCAAAAACUCAAGUGGAACAAGAUCAACCAACUACAUCAACUUAUGUUGAUUUAGUUAAAAAAUUAACAUUUGGUGAAGCUUUCCAAAGUGAAAAUAACUUAAGACCAGAUUUACCAGUUCGUAAUUUUAUUGUUAAAGUUCAAGAAAAUCGUCGUGUUACUCCAAAUGAUUAUUCAAGAAAUAUUUUCCAUAUUGAAUUUGAUAUUACAGGUACUGGAUUAACUUAUGAUAUUGGUGAAGCUUUAGGUGUUCAUGGUCGUAAUGAUCCGGAAGAAGUUUCAAGAUUUAUUGAAUUUUAUGGUCUUGAUCCUGAUCAAUUUGUUCAAGUUCCUAAUAAAGAUGAUCAAAAUAUUGUUGAAUUAAGAACUGUUUUCCAAGCUUUUACUGAUAAUUUAGAUUUAUUAGGUAAACCACCAAAAGGAUUUUAUGUAUCAUUAGCUCCUUUUGCAACAGAUGAAAAAGAAAGAAAACAAUUAGAAUUAUUAGGUUCUGCAGAUGGUACUCCACUUUUGAAAAAAUAUCAAGAUGAAGAAUUUUAUAGUUAUUCAGAUAUUUUAGAAAAUUUCCCAAGUGCAAAACCAUCAUUAUCAGAAUUAUUAACUUUAAUUCCACCUUUAAAAAGAAGAGAAUAUUCAAUUGCAUCAUCACAAAAAUUACAUCCAAAUGCAGUUCAUUUAUUAAUUGUUGUUGUUGAUUGGGUUGAUAAUAGAAAACGUAAAAGAUUUGGUCAAUGUUCAAGAUAUUUAUCACAAUUAUCUAUUGGUCAAGAAUUAGUUGUUAGUGUUAAACCUUCAGUUAUGAAAUUACCACCAUUAUCAACUCAACCAAUUGUUAUGUCAGGUCUUGGUACUGGGUUAGCACCAUUCAAGGCAUUUGUCGAAGAAAAAAUCUGGCAAAAACAACAAGGUCUUGAAAUUGGUGAUGUUUAUUUAUACUUGGGUGCAAGACAUCGUAAAGAAGAAUAUUUGUAUGGUGAAUUAUGGGAAGCUUAUAAGGAUGCUGGUGUUAUUACACAUAUUGGUGCAGCAUUUUCAAGAGAUCAACCUGAAAAGAUUUAUAUUCAAGAUCGUAUUAGACAAACUUUACCAGAAUUGAAAAAAGCUAUUGUUAAAGAAAAUGGUAGUUUUUACUUGUGUGGUCCUACAUGGCCUGUUCCUGAUAUUACUUCAGCUUUAGAAGAUAUUGUUGAUCAAGAAGCUAAAGAACGUGGUGUUGAAAUUGAUGCAGCUCAUGAAGUUGAAGAAAUGAAGGAGACUUCAAGAUAUAUUUUAGAAGUUUAUUAG